AUGAACGGCUAUCUAGCUCGUCCGAUAUAUCGCCAAGGACAGGCAUAUCCUGCUCCUCCGCAUGGAAUACAGCAAGCAGGGUAUGGGGCAGCUCCAUACCUGACUGCUCCGACAAAUACUCAAAUGCAUGACACUGGCUCGUCAUUCAUGCAGGGGAAUCCCAAUCAAUUUCAUUACCAGCCUUCGCAGCGUAGUCAGCCCCUGGGCCCUGUUCCAGUUGAUUAUUGCCAACUGUAUGGACAUCAGAUGGAACAGUUCUUGAUGAAUCAGCGAGUAAACAUACAACAACAGCUUGAACAGCGCAUGAUGAUCCAACGCAAGAUCGAUCAACACAAGAAGGACCAGCUCGAGAUAGCAUCUGUGAGAUCUAAGCUUGGUAAUACUGCCUGCGCUGUUGAGAACUUUCCCUUCAAGUUCUUGGCGAGCACUGAGAAGCCUCCGAUGUACGGCGUUGUCAAGAUAUGCAAUCUUCCUUAUGCCGUGACAAAGCAUGAGAUUCAGCAGCUUUUGGGUCGCCAUGCUGGAACCCUUGGUGCUGAGCUCGGUGGCGGCAUCCACAUCAUCAUGGAACGCUCUACUGCAAAAACCAUGGAUGCGUUCGUUGAAUUCAGGACUGAGAAGGACGCCGAAGCUGUGGCACGCCGCCUGAGCUUCACCGAAUCUGGUCGUUAUCCUCGCUUGGGUACUCGCCAUGUCGAUAUUUUAGUCAGCUCUCAGGACGAGUUACUCCAUGAGCUAUUCCCUCGAGCAAAAUGCGUUGAAUGGCGUGACGGCGUUCCCCAUUUGCUUCCGAAUACAGACCCUUACUCCGCUGGGUUUCAAGGGUUUUUGACCAGCGAAGAGAUCCGCGGUCUCGUCUCACAUGCACUGAAUCCAGCACGUCACCAGUCUCCAUUCACCGAACGCUGUCGUCAGCGAACCUAUGAAUCCCUGGUCUCCACAUUGUGGAAGUUUCCGUGGUUUGCGACCACCAUGUACACUGUUGCGAAUCGAGAUGAGCUCUACCAAGCAACUAUCCAGCAGAUCCUCGAACUCAGCGAUAGGAUAAAGCAGCGCAAAGUAAUUGGUCUCAAUGAAUCAUUACUCAUGGACCUUCUCCGCGCUGGGUUGAGAUGUCCUUCUUUCAACGAACGGCAAAAGUUUUGCCUGUUGGCAGCUGCUGAAUUGCCGUCGUUCUCGCCUAUCAUCCACUUGAAGCAUUUCGAGUUUUGGCCAUUCGACUGUUUGGCAAAGGGCACAUCGAGUACCGAAUAUCAAGUGAUGUACUAUGCUCAGCUGAUUCGGCGAGGUCUCGGUAUUUGUGACAAAGACGACUUAUCCAUUCCGAACAACUGGCGCAACCGAGUCGAUCUGGCCAAAGAAUCACCCUGGGGUCAUUUGUGGAUUGAAUGGCACUUGCACGAUAAGGAGAUGACGUUCGAGGCAGCCGCAAACCUUGAAUUGCAGUUGGCCAGUGAGAUCCUACAACUCGCCGUCGGUCUUGAAAGCGAGCGUGGAAUUCAGGAUCAAACCACAGUCACCGGGCUCAUCCUUCCCAUCAAGCCCGAACAAAAGCAGAACUUAAUUAAACACAAUCCUGGUCCCCUUCCUGACCACUGGGUCGAGGAUAUCGCGAAGCGUGAGGCCAUCAAUUGCGAAUCGCCAUCACGCCAAUCAUCGGACGACGACAGUCUAUCUCUAUCUGUCGGGAACAUGCGCCUUCGCUCUGGCACCAGCUCUACUUUCUCCGGGGGCGUUAGCCACAUUGGUUCCACGAAUGGCAGCAUUGCUACCAAUAAGGGUGAAGACAAAGCCGUGCCACAAUGGAUUCCAAGCAUCAAAGAAGAGAAUAAUCACACCCGUCAUCAGCAUAGCCAGUCCCUCUCAGCUAUUGCAGCUGCUGCAGUCCCGUAUGCCACGAAUCACAGCCUUAGGACCCGUCGGGGGAGCAGUAUCUCUAUACCGUCCACUAUUCACAUUGCCGGCAGACUCUCACAUGGACAAGAUCACCACUUGUCAUCAAUCACGGUCGAUGAUGUGCCACUAGCUGCUGCUGUGUUCUCUCCGAAGACUGAUACAACAACAGAAAGUAGCAUCAAUGUCAACACCUUGAUGUCGCGGCAUGGUAUUUGGUCCACUCCCCCCUCUGGCCUGGCAUCCUGGACUGUGCCAGGAAGAAGCUCGGCCAAUACUGGAGAGCCGGACAGUUUAAGUCGCAGUGGACGUGGAAGUCGUCAUACUCCCAAUCCUUCCCUCACUAGUCAGCAGGGCGGUCUUACUGUUGUAUCCGAGGAUGAAGAGGAUAUCUUUAACAAGCGUACUUCAAACAACACCUGA